AUGCUUCAUCGAUUGAUUGAGGUAGUCUGAUUUCUUACGAACAUGGCGGCGACUCCUGUUACAAACCCUUCACAGUUGCUCCCGCUCGAGCUUGUGGACAAAUGUAUCGGAUCUCGAAUUCACAUCGUUAUGAAGAAUGACAAAGAGAUUGUUGGGACCCUGCUUGGAUUUGACGACUUUGUCAAUAUGGUGCUGGAAGAUGUCACAGAAUUUGAGAUCACACCGGAGGGAAGGAGGAUAACAAAGCUGGAUCAGAUCUUAUUAAAUGGAAAUAACAUCACAAUGCUUAUACCUGGAGGCGAAGGUCCAGAAGUAUGACCAGAUUUGUAAAUUAUUCAACCAGAAAACUUCUUUCUAUUUCUUAUUUUACCUUGAGUGACUUGUUUUGUGCUGACU